AUGGAAGACGAAGCGGCAGACUCGCUCUCUUGGAACAUCGCACUUGCUCCCACUGGCGACAGUGGGAGUCAGUUUCACACUAAAAACGACCCCAACAAGCCUCUCCAACGGCAGAACUACGUUGAACGGAAGGGCGCCGUCGACGUCCGGUGCUCCUGUGCCGAUGUAGUCCACGGUUUCCUGUCACCCGACAGCGAUGUUCUUUGUACCCUGAUAGUCCUCGACUUCCGUUUCGACUCUCGCAAACGCGCCCGACGCAUCGCUUCCGUCCACAUUGACCUCCGAUUCAGCAGUUUGGAUCCCAACAGUCCCUACCAGCCCGAGGUCAGGGCCAUUUCCCCUGACGGAAACUUCACCGUUGCUCCAACAACCCAAACCGAGUCAAGCACGCUCUCGGGAAAUUUGGGUAUAAGCGCCACUCCUGGCCCUGCCCCAACUUUGAGCGCCGGUAUCAGCAUAGACAAGAGCAUCACCAGGGAUAUGACCUACGCUGCAACCGUUGUGGGCGCCAAGUCUCUCCGGGGGCGCAAUUUUGGCCAGCCAAACUCGGCUUCAUGGACACUGCUGGAGAAUCCCGCGACCGAGACCGGUGUUCCCGUCGCCAUGCGGGCCGCUAUCCUGCUUGAGAGGGAGGAUGAAGAGCUUUUCCAGUGCUCCGUCACCAUCAAGGCGCGCGCUGACUGGCGUACAACAUUGGAAUCUGUGUUCGGCUCUACACCACCUGACGAUCCGGUCCUGUUCGAUCCGACAAUCGAGUCCAAGAGAACCCACUAUGAUGAGAUGAACCUUGGGGAAGCUUUCAAGCAGCUAUCGACUGUUCCCAACGUCACUUUCAGAAAAGGGUUACCUGAACAAAGGUGA